UUUACACUGACAGUACUGAUCAGUUGAAUUCGGAAUAUAGCCAAUAUUUCAGUUUUAUUAGUUUUCCUGUGUGUACUGUGUCCUUCCCCAUCAAUCCAAUCCAAACUCGAUCGCCGAGAUCCGAGAAACGCGAUCCCACGAACGCGCAAACCCGAAGCGAAGCCUAGUGUGACCUUUCCCGUCCCCACGCGCUUCGCCCCCCCACCACCAACCUAACGCAACUGGGUCACGCCGGCCCGCCAAUCGCCAAGCUCCCCUGCCGUCACGUGCCUUUGUUGUUAUCGUCAGCUGGGUCCGGGCGCUACGCCAGCGCCCCCUACUACCAUCAGCUGUUAGUCGAGAAGCCGAGUCAGCCGGCCGGCAGUUAGUCUUCGUUCAACCGUUAACAGAGACAAAUCGCUGCCUUCUCUCGUAGCAGGCCUUGAUCUAUCCUAUCACAAGUAUGUUCAUUUAUUACGACCCAACUACGGUAGCUGGUCCAGUAAAGUGUUUCACGAGUAGUUUAGUGGUGAGGAGACUGUAUUUCACGGACGACGUGGUGUUGUGAACACACGAACUUUACGUAUUUUACGUUAUCGCGCCAUCCAACGAUGUCUACCGGCAAACGUCUGGCGAAGCGUUCCAUCAUCGGGACGCGUGUCUGUGCCCCAGGAGAAGACGGCAAGUUCUAUUCGGGCGUUAUUCAGGCCGUCAAAACGCCGGCCAACUACGUUGAGAACAAUAACUGCAUCAACCUAACCCCAAAUACGCGCUACACGGUGCGCUUCGAUUCCCGCCAAGGUAGCCUGGGCAGAACGACCGCGGAAUUCAGAGAGAAUGACCUGAUAGGGCCCGGGUUCCAAUCGGUGUUGGGCGUUGAACUCGUUGCCGGGCAAAAAUGCUUUGUUACCCACAACGGUAGAGAAGUUUGUGGUGAGGUGUGCAAGCACCACGCUGAAACAGACGAGGUUAUCAUCAGCAUACAGCCUUUCGGCAUCGAGGCGCCGUUCGAAGUGCAAAAACGGCUGGAGGAAGUGCGUUUGUUGGAGUCGAGGAAAUCGGCUCGUCUUGCAGAUCAAGACACCGACUUUGCUCGCCUGGCAGACAUGGCGGGCGACAGAAAAAGAACUGCCUCUCAUACCAUCGAUGUUCCAGCACCCUCUUAUCACAAUGGAUCUCGGAAAAGGCGGCCAAGCAGUAGCCAUGAUGACAACUCAAAAGACAGUCAAAUGGACGAAUGCAGUGCCGCACUAGUACUAAUGAGUCUCUCUUGCUCACCACAUUCACCUAAUCUUGGUGCUUUCUCCUACCCCGGUACGUCUCCGGAUAGUAGCAGCAGCAACAGCAGUUCACCCUCCUAUCGAUCCACCCCAUCGCCCCCACCGAUCGCGUUUUCGCCCCAUUCCACCCCCCUCUCGUCCAGCUCCAAUUCGGACGAGGGAAUCGUCAUGGACUACUAUCCUGACGAACUGCCAAGAAAGAAAAAGAGUCUGACACGCAUCGUAUUCCAAUGCACCUGGCCUAGCUGUCUCAAGAUAACCAACACUUGCGAAACAAUAGAGGCCCACGUACGCAGCGAACAUCUGAAGGACCAGGUGUGCCAGGACGCCGAAGAAGAGUUCUACUACACCGAGGUGGAGCUCGGCCUGACCAGCCCGCCGCCCACCCUGUCCCACCAGGACAUGGCCAGACCCUUCCACGAGGACCCCGACUACCAAAGACUGCUGGUCGGCACCAUGCGCCAGACGCUGCUCAGCCAGCAGCAGCUGCCGCAGUCGCCGCACAAGCUGCUCAAGCUGUCUCCGCGCCCCCACAGCCCCAAGGUGCCGCUGUCGCCUAGGAGGGUGCGGGGGGAGAAUAAGAAGUGCCGGAAGGUGUACGGCAUGGAACACAAGGAGCAGUGGUGCACGCAGUGCAAGUGGAAGAAGGCGUGUACCAGGUUCGCCGAGUGAUGGCGCUGAGGACGCUAACCGUGCGUUGGGGCGGACGAUUCGCCGAAUGGACAAGUCGUAGGAUGUUCGGUCAAAUAGAUGGUGACAGGUGACGUUUUCCCAUUUUAUUACACUGCAUGCCUUCUGAAUGCUUCAUAAUUAACCCCAAAAUAUGAAAAAUAGUCGGGUGUGCACUUCAAAAGGAGGAGCGGUAUUGUUUUUGUGAAGAAUUUUCGUGUUUUUCCGCGAUCCGCAGCGGCCGAAGGGCUCAAAAGGGUUACGAAAAACUUCCGUGUAUGACGUAUGAGAAUUUCGGGAAAACUCUGUAAACAUUUAAUACUGGUUUUCAGUGAUUCCAAACUGCAUGCCAAUAUAAAGAUACUUCAAUUGUAUAAUGUUUUAAUCGUAGGUGCCCUUUUGGCCGCUGCGGAUUAGCGCUUCAAUUUGUUUGAACUUCCGUAUAAUACAACGGCAGGAAGUAUAAUAUUGCGGAAAAAAACGAAAAUUCUUCACAAAAAGAAAAGCGCUGCUCCAUAUGCGGCCAGAAACCCGUCUAUUUUUCAUAUUUUGGGGUUAAUUAUAAAGCCUUGAAAAGGUAUGCAGUCUUCUGGUCUAUAAGCGCAAAAGUGAUCAUUAUGUCGAGAGACGACAGUGGACGAGUUGCCGAAAGUGGUCAUGCUAUUUAGACAUUUCGCCAAAGGUGAUGAAAACGCCGAAACAGCUAUUUGAACAUUUCGCCGGAAGUGGUUAUUAUGCUUCGCGUCGAAAGACAAAAAAAAACCAAGAAUACAAUAUUUUUUCUGUGACGGAAAAACCGACGAUUUGAUAUUGAAAAAAUAUUACAUUAUAUUAAAUUUUGAAGUUUUUAACUGGUAGGCUGUAACCUAUAGCGACAAUUGGCCCUGCGUUGCUAAGGAAAGCUUUUGGAAUAAUCAAAUACCUCUGUCAAUAAAAUUCUGUGUGAUUUAAAAACUGCGUACUUAUUCAAGGUUUCUGGAAUGGAAAAUGAAAAAGACAUGCAGUUUUUUCUCGGAAACGGUGUUAUUGGCUAAUUUUUCGAAACCGGCACAACGAACGUCAUCAACAUUUGUUACCGUCAACGGAUAAAAUGUCGAAAUUUUUUUGUGUGUGAAUUGAAUUUUUAUUUUUACGUAUAUUUCAAUAUUGUCUUUAGAUAUCAAACUCAAAAGUUUUGUAUACACACUAAAAGGACUAUUAUGCAUACUAAACAUUCCAUACCUUCUUGAUUGACAUACAGGAUGUUACAUAUCUGGAGCUCUGUUGAUUGAAAAAUUGAUAAAACUUUUUCCUUCAUUCAAUAAAUAAUAUAUUUUUUUUUCGAUUCAGCCUUUAUUUAAAUCUAACGAGUUUAUAUAUCCGGAGAAGUAGUAACUACAAAAGCGGGACAUGCAAUUUUUUUCUUAAUUUUGAGUUUCUUGAGUAUCAAGCGUUGAAUAGUCAUACACUUAGUACAUCCAUUUUUAGGUACUCGAUGAGAUUCAAAAGCUUGUGUGUGAAUCAGUCAAAAUUAAAUAGUAUUCAUAUAGUAUAUUUACCAAUGAGUAUUUCGUUAAUUACAUAAACACGUUUUGGAAUAUAUUUAUAACGUUUGUAGCAUUGAUUUUGUUUCUCUCAAUACGUUGAGUAACGAGCAAAUGUUUGGUUCCAUUUUUUUAUUUCUCCAGUACGAAGCGAGAAAUGAAGCGGCAACUGGUCCACUGGCGUUUUUAGGCAUAAUUACUACUUUCGGCAAAGUGUCCAACUGCCCACUAUUAUAUUGUCCGUUCGGCGAAGUGUCAUGGACCCGCACAGUGCUCGGUGUUGUUUUUCUUCUUGUUUUGGUUCCCAGGACUCGUAGGGUGCGGACUACCCUGAUCUCAAGCCACUUGAUGGAAGUACAAUUUAUGUAACGGUAAUUUUGUUUUUGUAAUUAUGAUCAAAGGAUCACACGUUCUGUUUGUGGGGCGUCUUCGAACGUUGACUAGAUUCCGCCAUUUUGUAUCCUAGCCGUGAGAUUCAUGCGAAGCACUCAGGGCAGUGCAAUAUAUAAGGGUUGCCUACUGGCCUUCACCGAUUUACUCCCAAAAAUUUACGGGAAAGCUCACCAAUUACUCACUGUCGAAAAUCAUUCGAAAAAGUUCAAGUCGCCAUUUGCCGUGAACCAAUGUUUUUUUAUAUAUCUGAUUUGAAAUUUUUAUUACUAACACUGGAAUGACCAGUCAGGGUCUAGUGCCGCAAAUACAGCUAUUGAUCGUCUUCAUACUUCUAUCCACUUGGCUUAGUUAAACAGGUGUGUGCUGCCAUUUUCUUUGAAAGAGAUAAGUCUCCUAAGAAUUAAUAUAUCAAUCAAUAUAUUAGUGGCUGGACUACUCGAAUUGAAUCUAGCCAGCAGCUUUUAGACGACUUUCUUACCAAUCUUUUAUCAGGCCCUGUCCAGGCUCCACCUCUUAGAUGACAGUUUGCCUCCAUAGCUGGCAUUACAGAAUGGCAUUAUCUUCAAAAUUCGAAGACGACCCGUAAACUAUAGUUGGUCCGAUCAGAGAUCAAUCAAAUCAAGCUGUAUCUGUGUUCUUAAGAGUUUUCUCGUCGCAAAGCGGUAUUGGUGCCCACAGUAUGUGACAAGCCUAGAUAUUGUAUGCCAGUACAGGGCUCCAGGACCGUACGACUGAACCUUUGGCCAGUCUCGAAUAAAACGAGAUUUUGGUCGGUCGAGGAAGCUCUUUUAAAGUAGUCUAGUGAUCCCUGGAAUGACCUCAGCCACUUCCAAAGUCAAUAUGCAGUGUCAAAACAGUUUGCACUCAAUGAUUCAAGGUUUUGAAUCGCAAUUCUUUCCAUAGUUUUUAUUUGCCAAAGAAAAACGAGCACUUUCCUUAUGUUUUUGAAUACAAUACCCGAAAGGUGUUCUUACAGAAGAGUUUAUAGUAAUUUUUAUUUGAACUCAUUUAUUUCCGAUGCCAGUUUAGUUACCACCCAAUAGAAUUAAUUGACACUGGUAUUGAAUCAUUUCUCAAUAAAUGAAAAGCGAAGAUAUAAGGUCCUCUUCUGGGGAUCUUCUUUUCGAAAAUUUUUGAAAGAACUUAUGAGGUACUUUAUUAUACUAUAGAUAAUCAAUUGUAAUGACACCAUCUUGGAUGAGACAAACCGAAAUUUGUAAAAUAAGAUCGACAUUGAAUUAUUGUUAACUCGUUAAGGUCCCAAACAAAAGCAAUCAUAAUUUUUUAUUUAUAUCUAGUGAAGUAAGGGCAGUUAUUACUAAAUAUAAGUUUAUAUUAUUAAAUAAGUGUUUGUUCGUUGAAUUUGUGAAUUGUGUUAUUGCCUAACAUGAGAUUAGUGUAUGGAAACAAUUGUUGAUGAAACACAGCAAAUCAAAAUGAUGAUGAAAAGUUUAAUCAUAUUUAGAAAAACACAAUGGCAACAACAGGAAAUGUAAUGAAAAAUGGAUUUAUUCACUCAAAAAAUGCCAACAUACAUGUGCUUUCAAAACUUUGUUUGUUUGCUGUGUUCUGGAUAUUUUCAAGUUGGACUUGAAUAUAUAUAUAGAAAAACGAUUUGUAAGACAAGAGAUCUCUGAUCCAAAGUGCAGAAAAAUGUAGAUUGUCGCGCUACCUUACCUUGAAAAGCACCAAUAUUUUUGAGCCAUAAGAGUACUUUCACUUUCAUUUUAUCUGAAUGUUUUCCCAUCCCUUAUUGAUUUCCUCUAAGUAGGCAAUAUCCAGAAUAGUUUAGAUUGAUGAUAUUGAAUUGAAUGUGUCUCACUAUUCUGUUGUUUCGUAUUGAUAUAUUUUUCUCGAAACAUACCUACAUGCAAAUUACUAUCAUUAAAAAAAAAACAUCAAAAACGAGAUAACAAAAAAAAACAUCAAAAACGAGAUAACAAAAUCAAAAUCAGGAACUCUGUAAUAUGAGUGAUUUGAAUCUUUCGAUUUAAAAUCAAUGUAAAUAGACAGAUUAUUUCAACUGAAAUCAAGAAUGAUUCGUAAGUUUAAUUGAGGUCUCUUCAGGAAAAAUAUAUCUGAAAGGUGUCACUUAUGGUGUUCAAACCAUUUCUGGGUCUUAUAGCUGUAAAUACUUCCUACAUUUAUAUGAAAUCCUCUGCACCUAAGAGAAUCUACAUAAUACCUAUAUCAAUUUUACCAUGAGGUGACUCAUAACCUGUAAAUUUUGGAUCAUCCUGUAUUGAUGUAAUCCACUCAUUUCAUUACCUCUAAGUCUUUCAUUUAAGUUUUAACUGUAUAGGUGUUUCUUCUUAUAUGUUAUGUUAUUAUAUAGCUAAUAGAAAUAUUAUAUUUUUCAGAGUAUUCAUAUACAUUGUAUAUUUUAAAUGUUUAAGUUUUUGUGUUGAUGGCAUAUUUUAGAAAUAAGAUAUAUAUUUUAGAGAGAGAUAAAACAUAUGCAUUACAAUCAUAAUAAUUAUUGAUCAUAUAAUAUUUUAAGGAGAACAUGCAGUAUAUAUGAAUAUUAGGAGAAUAAAAGAUUUUAUCACCUUU